AUGGGCCCGAAGAGAAAACUGGAUGACCUGGCCCAGCCAUCCAGCAGCGGAGACCACGGCGGCGGCGGAGGCGGAGGCGAUGAUAGACCGACAAAGGCGCCACGGCUCUCGCCGUCGCCGCCACCGCCACCGCCCGCGCAGUCGCCCUCUCGCGACCAGACGGCGCUUCCCACCUCACCGCCCCCGCUUCAGCCGCCAGGGUCCCCGCCGCCUCCCGCCGACAAGGAUCCGGUGGAGUUGGAGGAAGGGGAGCUAGGAGAUGAUGAAAAUUCAGGGGAGGAAGAACAGGAUGAUCAGGAUUCGGAAGGGGAGCUCGGGGGGUCACUUCCUGAUGGGAGAACGGACCUAGCCAACACUGGUGGUUUCGGGUGUCCACAUGCUCGUCCGACAGCAUUAGGACCUCUGGAACAACUCUUGGAAUUGGUUCGUGACUCUCCAGAUAACUCCAUCAUCCAGGAAAAGAUGAAGAUUCUCAGUAAGCAUUAUGUGCUCUUCAGAAGAACUCGCGAAGAUGGCAGCUGUUUUUACAGAGCUUUUAUCUUCUCCUACAUGGAGAUCCUUCGACAGAUGCAAGAUAAACAAGCUGAGGUUACUCGUCUUAUGGAAUGUUUGGAUAUGUCUAAAGAUAGAUUCUCUUGUCUUGAGUGGAACAGAGCAUACUUCUCAAUAGAUCCUGAAGAAUACUUCUCAAGUGUUGUUUCUGAGCUCAAUGAGGUUCUCAACGUCAUUGCAGCAGGCUGUACUUCUGAAUGGCUGUACCAGAGAAGCCUGCAGGAGUCCUUUUCAGGCAGGAUUAUAUCUCUCCUUAGGUUGCUUACUGAGACUGAAAUCCGUACAGAUGAAUUCUACAAGCAAUCUAUCCCUAAAAAUUUGAAUCUCCUCCAGUUCUGCUGGAAAGCGGUGCGAUCCCUGGAUGCUGAAGCUACCACUACACAAAUGAGGGCUUUAACGUAUGCACUCGGCAUACCGUUGCGUGUCGAAGUCGUGGACAAGAGCUCGACUGAUCGAGGUGUGUUAGUGAAGCGCCUUGAUUUCUUCCAUGAGUCCGACUUGGAGAAGGGCCCUCUCCGUUUGACUCGGAGCUACCUUUCCUCGAGCACAGCUCCUAUACCGCUGAAGCAGGGAAGCUACGAUGCCGACUUGCUAUCAUCUGAUGGCACACCCAUGCUGACCUUACUGUGUCGGCGUGGCCAUUGUGACAUUCUUUACCGCAAGUGAACAAACUAUGCGAGUUCGCUCGCUCGACAAAAACUUCCUCGGGGAUGAUUAUAGGGAAACCUAGUAAUAGUCUUGUAUAGUGUGGGUGGCCGUUUGUUGGUCUGCUCCCAAACAACCUGUAACUACUUCUGCUACGAGGUUUACCCUGGAUGACAUGCCAUGCUCUGCUUCUUGGUUCUCUUGUUCUUGCUGAAGCUGUUGUUAGUUACUCAUGUAUUUGGAAGGAAGCUACAGAAUAGAAGAUGUGAUAGGAACAUAUGAAGAAUUAUUGUGUGCAAGAUUUGCAACAUCAGACCUGGCUUAUAUCA